AUGGUAGUGGAACAAGAACAGAAACAAACAUUUCUUCGAAGAGUGAAAAGCGCAUCUUUUUUCAGGAAUCGUAAACGAGAACAUGCAUUUAACAUUUCAUUGGAAAUUAUACCGCCUCUUAUAUCCAGAAAAGGUGAGCUGUCGGAAAAUUCGUCUGAGGUGUCACCAAAUAUAUCAUAUCAAAGUAAUGAAAUACUAGAGAAUCAAGCCUCCUAUUCAAAGUUUGAUAUUUAUCGAGAUAUUUAUGAGCUUAAUCAAAAAUGCGUACUUUAUAAUGAUUUUUCUAAAAAAACACUGUUAAAAUCAGAUGAAAUACCACAAACUGAUAUGAGUUACACUACAAAUACAUGCGACCAUCAUAAAAUAGAGAAAAUACUUCAUGAAAUUGUAGAAACAGAGAAAUCAUAUGUACGUGGGUUAGAAGAGUUAAUUGAGAUAUAUAUUGAAAAACCUUCACCCGUUAUGUUACAUAAAGAAUCACAAGUAGUUUUUGCAAAUGUUCUUCCAGUUUUUAUAUUUCAUAAACAAUAUAUGCUUCCAAGAGUAAUAGAGGCAGUUAAUAGCUCUGAUCCAGCAGAAGUUUUAGCAGAAGAGUUUCUUAAAAACAAAGAUAUUUUGAAAAUUUAUUCAUGCUAUGUUUCUGGAUUUCAAGAUAAAAUUCAUAUUAUUAAACAAUGGGAAAACUCAGAAAAAGGCAAAAAAUAUUUAAAAUCACGUCGCACAUUUAAAUCACAUAGCCAACUUAGUCUAAUAAGCUAUCUUCUCCUUCCUAUUCAAAGAAUACCUCGGUAUAAACUUCUACUUUCUAAGCUAUUGCAAUGUAAAGACUCUUUAAUUAUUCGUUCUGCUUUUAAUCAAAUUUGUUUUCUUGCAUGUAAUAUGAAUGAAAGAAGACAUCAAGAAGAAGGCUUUCGUCGACUUUUUCAGCUUCAAAAAAAUUUAUGUUCUGACAUUAACAUCGUAGAACCAUGGAGAAAACUAAUUAAAGAAUCAAAAAUGCAUUAUCUUUUAACAACACGAGCAUCUUUCUUUUAUGAUCAUUUGCCUCUUAUUUUAGAUAGGGAUGUUUCUGUUGUUUUAUGUAAUGAUAUUUUAAUCAUUUUUAAUUAUGCUUGUACUUCUAUUAUAAAAAUUAUAAAUGUGAAAGAACUGCAGAUUACACAUGCAUGGGAAAGACCAAAUACAGGUUUACGCUUUAUUUUCUGGGAACUAGAAGAAAUUUGGCAUUUCGAUGCUAUAGAAGAGGAUGCAGAUGAAUGGGUUAAUGUAAUAAAUAAAAUUCAUACUAAUUCAUAA